AUGUCCUCUCGCAGAACUAGACGACAGCCAGAGCCACAGAAAGAUUACGGCGACUCAGAGGAAAACCGCUCGUACGACGAGGAGUCGCUGGAGGAGGUCACUCGCUGCAUCUGCGGCAACGACGAGCUGGUCAUCCCGGACGACGCAGGCCCCGAGUUUGACGACGUCGACACCGGGUUCUUCAUCCAGUGCGAGUCGUGCUCGGUGUGGCAGCACGGGUUCUGUGUGGGCAUCACCGACGAGGACACGGCCCCGGAAAAGUACUGGUGCGAGCAAUGCCAGCCGCAACACCACGACCUGUUUACAGACAAGUAUGGGUUCCGCAGAAGCAGGUACAACCCGUACCAGGAGAUGAAGCGCCACCGGCGCCGCCAGCAGGCCCAGGACGCGGCCGGGCCCGCUGCAAGCGCUGGCUCGGGGUCCGGGUCGCCGCCUGCGGCGGCCGCAGAGACGGCGUCGAAGCCGGAAAUCAAACGAGAGCGAGACAAGAGCGAGGAGGAGGGCGAGAAGCGAAAACGCGCGCGCGGCACGCUCAAUUCGAGAGACGCGGAGUACGAGCAGAUGCUCAAGCGGGUGCUGGAGGAGUCGGCCAAGGAGAGCGGCGUGCAGCCGGACGACGUGAACCUGUCGUCGUCGAACGAGUCUGCGUCGCGGGAGACCCGGUCGCGCAAGAAGGUCAAGGACGACAACUCGCAGGAGGAGGACAUCACACAGCACAGCAACCUGAGCCUGCCGCAGAAAGCAACGCCGCCGUCGUCGGCGUCGUCGUCGGCGUCGAGCAGCUCGAAAAAGAGCAAGAAAAAAAGAGACGAGCCAGAGGACAAGAAGAAGGCCAAGAUCGAGAUCUCGGACGAAAAACCGUUCAAGCCGAACCUGCCGAGCCAGAAGAUCAGCAUGAACGAGAUGCGCAGACGGGUGUUUUCCAUCAUGGAGUUUGUCUCCAACAUCCAGGCCGAACUGUCGAACGAGGAGGAUUUCAAGCGUAGUCUGCUCAACUACACGAGCGAGGACUCCACAGACGAGAUACUGCGGCUCCAGAGGCUACUGAUCGAGUGCUACAACGAGUCUGUCACGAAACUGGACUCUCUAACGGAAAAACUGAAUACAUGGGAAAAGUCGUACGGCUAG